GCAGCUGAAUUCUGCAGCAAUACAUUUACAAUGCCAGAUGCAGGUUUAAAAUCCAAAAUAUUUAAGUUUUUAAAGAUCAUUUUCUGUAGCUUCCUUAUUACAGUCCUGUUGCUAUUUACUGUAGCAUCUAUCAGGACACUGUCACUAGACGUAAAUGUGGGACUUCAACUUGCACGCUGGGAGAAGACGAACAACAUCUCGCUUGUCAUCGACCACCAUCAGAGAGAGGAGCUUCUAACUAAUUUCAAAGAGGCUAUCCGGAUCCCCACAGUGUCUUUCUCAAAGACGGAGGUAAACACCACCGCGCUGCUGGAGUUUGACAGGUUCCUCCGAAAAGCCUUUCCUACAGUUUUCUCUUCAAGCUUGGUUCAUCAUGAAUUGGUGGGCAACUACAGCCACCUGUUUCAGGUACAAGGAUCACAGCCUGACCUGGUGCCAUACCUGCUGCUGGCCCACAUCGAUGUAGUACCUGCCACAGAGUCAGAUGGCUGGGAGGCACCACCAUUUUCUGCCAAGGAGAUGGAUGGCUUCAUCUACGGCAGAGGGACCAUAGAUGACAAGGGCUCUCUAAUGGGAAUACUUCAAGCACUGGAGUACUUGCUGAUAAAAGGCUAUGCACCACGCAGGGGAUUUUACAUUGGUCUUGGUCAUGAUGAAGAAGUCAGUGGUCUCAACGGGGCAAAGAACAUCGUGCGUAUACUGAAGCAAAAUGGUGUUCAGCUGGCGUUUGUCCUUGAUGAGGGUCUGGUUGUACUUGAUGGAAUCAUCAGUGGUCUUGACGGACCUGCGGCUCUAGUUGGCGUAAGUGAAAAGGGCUCAUCCAUCGUAAAGCUUAGCGUGUCUGUGCUCCCUGGUCACUCCUCAAUACCUCCCACGGAGACCUGCAUUGGGAUCUUAGCUACAGCAGUCAAAAGACUAGAGGAGAACCCCAUGCCCAGGUUAUUUGGUCUUGGUCCUGAGCGUGACACCUUUGAGCAUCUGGCCCAUAAGUUCAAGCUCCCAAUGAAGUUUGUAAUGUCGAAUUUGUGGCUGUUCUCCCCACUCCUAGGCAGGCUACUUGAAAGAAAACUGAGCACUAAUGCAUUUGUCAGGACAACCACAGCAGUCACCAUGUUUAAUGCAGGAGUUAAAGUGAAUGUCAUCCCUUCCCUCGCUGAAGCUUAUGUGAAUCUACGAAUCCACUCAGCACAGUCAUUACAGGAGGUCAUGGACCUCAUUCAUGCUACAGUGGCAGACCAGAGGGUGAAGAUAGAGCUGGUUGAAGGAUUCGACCCUCUGCCUGUCAGCUCUGCUGAUGAGAAGUCCUUUGGCUAUCAGAUCAUUAAGAAGACGGUGUUGGACAUGUUUCCAACAGUUACAGUUGCUCCAGGUAUUUUUCCUGCAAACACCGACAGUCGGCACUUCAAAGACCUGACCAGUAAUAUUUAUCGCUUCUUCCCUGUCUGGUUUAAACCUGGUGAUCCUCAGAGAGUCCAUGGCAUCAAUGAAAGGAUUUCAAAGAAGAAUUAUGAGGAACUUGUGUUAUUUUAUUUUAAUCUGAUUCAAAACUGUGACAUUCAGAAACUUCCAGAGCCACACAGCUCUGUCCAUGACCUCUAAGGACCUGACAAUGUUAAUAACCAGCUAGGCAAAUGCAAAUUAUAUAAAGAGCUCUGAUGUGACAGAUGUUAUGAAUACACAUAAAGAAUAAAAUCAGUUUACAUUAAAAGCCUGUUAUUGUUUAUCAGAUUAAUUUUAAAAAGUAAGACUAUGGUUUGGCACCUUUAUGACUAAAUUUCACAAACAAAUUCUAUUGAUCUGAUACAGAACUGGCCUUUGCUGUAAUGAAAUAAUUGUCGAUCUAUUAUGUAAAAACCUAACAAGUUGAGAUUAAGAUCAUGUGGUAGAUUACUGACAGGUACAAUUUAAUACAAUUGAAGGAAAUGACAUUUAAUGAAAUAUUUGUUGGACUGAUGAUAAUUCUGUUAUUUACUGUACAAUGAUCAUGGUGCACCCUAAUUUUAAAUAAAUGCCUGCAGAAAUUUCUUGUUGAAUAGUAAUUCAUCUUUUACAGAAUGUCGUGCAUCAUGGAUUGUCUCAUUUAAAUGAAUCCAGAUUUUAAAAUUUGGUUUGAAUUGGCACACAGUGUUUGACAGGUAUUGUUUAAAAAUAUGUGAGCAUGCUUGUUGUGUGAUGAAUAUUAGAAAAAAAAUUUAAUUCUCAAUGAAAUAAAAACACAAGAUUUUGAAGCUGUUUUGCCAAGACCCUACUGAAACACUAUUUUUUUCUUGUCCUUGGACCUACUGCAAAAUGCUACAUAUAAUGAUAUUUAUAGAUAAAUAUAUUUAUCUAUAAAUAUAUUGUCAUUUUAUUACUCCUACAUGUACAGCCAAACUCACAAUAAUCCAUGCUUUGGGAUUCAGUGCAGUGCAAAUUUUUACAUUUAAAUUUGACAUUUAUUUUUACAUAUUAUAUGCUUACUUGUUUUUUGUUUUUUUUAUAUAGCACCACUGAUGUCUGCCCCUAAAACUUGUUUGUACUAUGCUGUGUGUAAUGCCAAUAAAAUCAAUCUAUU